GCCCAUUAAUGUUAUACACAUUUAAUGUGGCAUAAUUUGUUUCCUUUUGGACACUACUAAGUUGAGAGUGAUUCAGUUAACCAAAAAUUUAUAGUUUAUUUAAGGUGGGCUGAAGUGAUUUUUCUUGAAAAGAGCUGAGUUUUUUUCGGCUGGUGAAUCUUGAAACAGGGUCUAACUGUGCUGUGCUACUUGUAGUGGCCAUGGCAUCAGUUAUUGGUUUCCGGGUGUUGUCCUUUUUUGCGAGAAACUUGGAGAAUAAGUGUCUGAGUCGAGUGCAAGUGAGGAGUUUAGGUGGUGCUGAUUCGUCGGUGUUGUCCUCAGAUUCAGUUGUGGUGAAUGGAGCUUCUAUAGGUAGGGAGAGAGAGGGAGCUGGGACUCUAAUUGAACAAGGAAAUGGGCGGUUGAGGACUAAAGUUGAGGAGAAGAAGAGAGUAGAAGAUAAUGUUUUGGAAACUUUGGAGCCGUUGUGGGAUGAUGGGUAUGGGACUGAGACUGUGAGAGAUUACUUUGAUAUGGCCAAGGAUAUUAUUAAGCCUGAUGGGGGGCCACCGCGGUGGUUCUGUCCUGUUUCUUGCGGAAGUCCUUUGAAGGAUUCUCCGGUUCUUCUGUUUUUGGCUGGAAUGGAUGGUACUGGGUUGGGACUUGUUUUGCACCAUAAAGCUCUUGGGAAGGCAUUUGAAGUUCGGUGUUUGCAUAUUCCUGUUCAUGAUCGAACACCAUUUGAAGGACUGGUGAAACUUGUUGAAGAAACUGUCAGGCUUGAGCAUGCUACAUCUCCAAAUAAGCCGAUUUAUUUGGUGGGCGAUUCCUUUGGAGGAUGCCUAGCACUUGCCAUUGCUUCUCGUAAUCCUACCAUUGACCUAGUUCUUAUAUUGUCCAAUCCAGCAACAUCAUUUGGCAGGUCUCAGCUACAACCCCUGUUCCCAAUCUUGGAGGCUGUGCCUGAUGGACUACAUAGUGCAGUUCCCUAUCUUCUUAGCUCAAUCAUGGGUGAUCCAAUGAAGAUGGCAAUGGUCAACAUCGAAAGCAGGCUUCCACCUAGACAAAGAUUUGAACAGUUGUCCCACGGACUCACUGCAUUGCUUCCAUACCUUUCUGAUCUUGCUGAUAUUAUACCAAAGGACACACUUCUUUGGAAGCUGAAGCUUCUUAAAUCAGCUGCUGCUUAUGCUAAUUCCCGUCUCCAUGCUGUUAAAGCUGAAGUGCUUGUCCUGUCUAGUGGCAAGGAUAACAUGCUUCCUAGUGGAGAUGAAGCCCAACGACUUAAGAAAUCAUUACAAAAUUGUGUUGUUCGUCACUUCAAGGACAAUGGGCAUACCCUUUUACUGGAAGAUGGAAUUUGUUUGAUGACAAUUAUUAAGGGUACUACCAAAUACCGUCGUUCAAGGAGGCGUGAUUUUGUCUCUGAUUUUCUCCCUCCUAGUACGGCAGAACUCAAAUAUCUCUGUGAUCAAGUAAUUGGGUUUGUUCGUUCUGCCUCUGGUUCUGCAAUGUUCUCAACUAUGGAAGACGGAAAGAUAGUGGAAGGUCUUGCUGGGGUUCCAAAUGAAGGUCCUGUGUUAUUAGUUGGUUAUCAUAUGUUAAUGGGACUUGAACUCGGUCCACUUGUUGAGCGAUUUUUGAUUGAGAAGAAUACUAUGGUUCGUGGUUUAGCGCAUCCAACGUUAUUUUCGAGGACAUUCGAGGGUUCAUCUUCAGAAUUUUUUUUUGGUGAUUGGGUGAAAGUGUUUGGUGGAGUUCCUGUCACAGCAAGCAAUCUUUUCAAAUUGCUUUCAACAAAAUCAUAUGUGCUUCUUUAUCCUGGUGGUGCACGUGAGGCUUUGCACUACAAGGGAGAAGAAUAUAAGUUAUUUUGGCCUGAUCAGCAGGAAUUUGUGAGAAUGGCAGCACGGUUUGGGGCCACAAUUGUACCAUUUGGAGUUGUUGGAGAAGAUGAUAUAGCAGAAUUUGUCCUUGAUUACAACGACCUAAUGAAAAUCCCCGUGGUUAAUGAUCAGAUCAGAGAUGCUAAUCGCAAUGCAAUAAGAGUGAGGGAUGAGUCAAGUGGGGAGGUUGCCAGCCAACGACUCUUUCUACCAGGAAUCUUGCCCAAGAUACCUGGGCGCUUCUACUAUUUGUUUGGGAAGCCCAUAGAAACAAAGGGAAAGGAAGAGAUCCUGAAGGACAAAGAAGUUGCAAAGCAAUUGUACUUGCAGGUAAAAUCUGAGGUUGAAAGCAAUAUUGCAUUCUUGCUUAAGAAGAGGGAGGAGGAUCCUUAUAGGAGUGUUAUUGAUAGAACAUUAUACAAGGCAAUGCAUGCUCCUUCACAUGAAGUUCCAGCAUUUAAGCCUUAAAAAUAUAUUUUAUUGAUCAGAGGUACAGUGAAGGAGGUUUAUGUACAAA